AUCUAACCUGUACUUCCUCAACAUAUUCAAACUCACAUUCUGCCAAUUUUCUUAUUCAACUAUACAAAAUGAGUGGAUCAUGUUUCAAAAAACUAAACUUAACGUUAAUUACAUUAAUUCUGCUUUCGAGUAUAGCAGAAAUUUUGUUUGGAGUGUACGUUUUGUAUGUAUUUUGCACUACAUUUGAGUUUAAUAUUUUAGAGGAGAGUUUUCUUUUCAUACCUCCUUUAGUGUUGAUUAUAUUGGGUCUAUUUACUUUGUUUACAAUUAGUUGUGGAUUAUGGGGAAUUGCACAAGAUGUCAGUUGCUGUAUUGAAUUCUUUGCAUCAGUACUUUUAGUAAUUUCUGUUCUACAAAUUGGCGCUGGUGUAUUUGUUAUACAUCAAAAUGGAUAUUUUAAAAGUGAUACUGCACAUUUAAUUGACACCAAUGUAAAAUUUGCUUUUUACCAAAGAAAUUCUACCCAGUUAAUGUAUAACAUUCAGAAGCAGGCGAAAUGUUGCGGCAUAUCUCAACCAAGUCAAUACCAAAAUUACAAUCUUCCAAUAAGUUGUUGCAGUUUAACAAAUAAAAAUGAAACUUGUACUACGAAUUCUCCAAAUCUUUACGAAAGUGGCUGUUCUAGAGAACUGUUUAAUUUUGUUUUAUUCCAAAAUAUGAUUGUAAGUUGUAUUAACUCUGGAAAAGGGGUAUUUCAGGUUUUAACUGUGAUAACGUUAUGGAUUCUUUCCUGCUGUUACGUAAGAAAUACUACAAUUUAUAAAAUUUAAUGUAUUUUUUAAGCAUGAAUUUUUUGUAUUAUUAAGUUAAGUAAAAUAAAUAAUAAUAAAUGUUAAAAGUGUUAUUCUAUAUGGGCACA